AUGGCUGCCAAACGAAUUCUUGUUAUUGGAGGCACAGGAGUGCAAGGCUUUGCCGUAGUAAAAGCACUGCUCAAUGCAAAAGCUCCUUUCAUCGUCCGUGUCCUCUCCCGAAACCCAGAUUCCGAAACCGUGAAAGAGACCUUCGAAGGACUUCCAGUCGAGUUUGCUAAAGGCUCGUUUAUGGAUUUUGAUUCUGUCGAGAGAGCUCUCCAAGACUGUUACGGAGUAUUUGUCAAUACGGAUAGCUCCACAGUCAAAGAAUCAGAUGAAAUCUGGGCGGGAAUUAGGAUUUUUGAAAUCGCAAAUAUCAUUCCUACUCUUCGACACUUCGUGUAUAGUGGUAUAGAUUACCACCUUAAGAUUACAGGCUUUAACAAAAAAUACUCGACGCAUCAUGCCAAUGCGAAAGGCAGGGUUAGCCAGUAUAUUCAAAAUCAACCCUCUUCGACAUCAGAGAACGGAUUGACCUGGUCCAUCCUAAAUACUGGAGCCUACACAGAAAUGCUAGCAGGAGGUCUUUUUGUCCCAACCAUUUCACCCGACGGGACUCGUUUAUUUCAAUUUCCUCUAGGCAAUGGCCAAAUCCCAUUAAUGUCCUUGUCAGAUUGUGCUGCUUUUACUGUUAUUAUGUUUGAGAGUAGAAAGGAAUGGUCGGGGAAAACUCUGAAUAUCGCGUCACAGUUUGCGACUGGAAAAGAAAUCGCAGAUACCGUGGCCAGGGUUGCCGGUGUCAAAGCUGAAUAUCAGCCUGUUACAAUUGAACAGUGGCUUGCCCAUUUCCCCUAUGCGGACCGGCCAAUGGCGAAUAUGGAUCCUAAAGGGGUCACGAUGGGACAGAACUUCAAGAUGUUAUGGGCUAUGCUCGAAGAUGACCAUUUGCGAGGGACUAGAGACAUGGAUGCUUUGAAGAAGAUUCAUCCAGGUUUGCAAUCUUUGGAGGAGUGGAUAAGAGAGACUGGAUACGAUGGAACUCCGAAACCCUUGUUCAAACGUGUAUAUUAG